UCCAGAAUGCGUGGGGAUCAAAGCAAAAAAAGUACAAACUGAACUGAACUGUCUAACAUCAAGUCACAAAUAUCUCGCUGUCUUAGAGGUCACACAGAGAAACUGUAUUGUCUUCAUGAUACAGAGAGAAAUGGCAUGCUCUAGAUACAACGCUGCUUGCGCCCCUGAACUUCCAAGUGGGUUUAAGUUCCUGGCACUUCUUGGAGAGGGCUGCUUUGGAAAGGUGGUGAAAUGCUGGCACACCGGGAGCGGUCAGACUGUGGCUGUAAAGAUUCCAAAAUGCGCUGAGGAAUCUACCAGGAACGAAAUUUCCAUACUGAGAACGAUCAAGAGCCUCAACCUUGACAAACACAACAUUGUCAAGUACAUUGAUUGUUUUCUGACCAGCGCCGGCGAGGCGUUUGUGUUCGAGUCACUCGAUAUAAGCCUUCAUGACUACUGGAAGAAGAGAGAUUGUGCCCCUAUGCUUCUGAGUGACAUCAGAACCAUCAUCCAACAGAUGGCCACAGCAUUUAAGGCACUGAAGGAGAUCGAGCUGAUCCACACUGACGUCAAACUGGAUAACAUUAUGAUGGUGAAUCACAGACGACGGCCGUUUGAAGUCAAGCUGAUAGACUUUGGUCUGGCCAUUUCCAGAUCAGAUGCCAGGCAGGGAUUGACUGUCCAACCACGAAUUUUAAGGUCUCCAGAAGUUCUUUUGGGUGCUGAGUUUUCUGAGGCCAUUGAUAUGUGGACCCUGGGCUGUGCCAUGUUUCAGAUGAUCAGCGGCUGUCUACUGUUCUUAGGACAAUCUUCAUAUGAAAUAAUGCUGAGCAUUGUUGAACUCCUGGGACAGCCAGCUGACGAUGAUCUUGACAAUGGUCAAUAUACACGGAAUUUCUUCAACAGAAAUGGUGAAGUGUGGAGGAUCAAGACUCCCUCCGAGUAUUUUGGAGAUUGCCGGACAAGACCCAGAAAAAGCCACCAAUUCAAGUCUCUGGAUGAAAUGAAAAAAAUGCGUCUGGAGAAAGAUAACAAGAAUGAGAUCGAAGAGCGAGAGCAGUGUAUUGAGCUCCUGAAGGCCAUGCUAAGAGUCGAUGCAAAGGAGAGGAUCACUCCCCGUGGAGUCCUCGCUCAUCCAUUCAUCACGAACGGGUCUUUGGCAUCAGCGUCCAUGACAAAGAGAAGCAAGGCAUAAACCAGCAAGGGAAGACCAAAGACAGCAGUAAUUAGGGAUGUGUAGGGUUUCAUUCUGGGCUUCUCGGGAGGUUUUAAAUCAAAAUUGUCUCUGUCUGCAUAGUCUCCCAUGUUUGGUUUUCUCCAGGUGCUCUGGUUUUCCAACAAACAUGAAACAUGUUUUGAAAAAAAAUAUUCAUUCUGAGAGAACUCUGAUUGCAGACAAUGACACAUGACAAUAUAAGCUUGAAAAAAGCCCCCAUAUUGCCUGAAUGCCCUAAAACAGAAAUACAGCACAUUCCCUGCUGUUGAGGCUGAAAUGGAGGUGAGUUGUCUUCAGGUGUGAUCCUGACUCGACCUGCGACUGCCAAGAACACAGCGCUGCUGGAAAACCAGGAGAGUGCAGUUAGUGAGCCUCCUACCGCUCCUCUGAAGGAUGAAGACAGCAGUAUCAUCCAACCAGACGGCUGCACUCCAUCUCCUGAAAUCCUCCCAUCAGGCCUGAUCCAGACUCCACCUGCGAGAGCCGAGAACACAACACUGCACAGAUCAGGAGAUUCAAGUUAGUUUUCAGUCUGGCCAAGACAUCAGAGUCCUCAGUUAGCGACGCUGGCGAUAACACAAACAUAUCUGAGGAUUCAACCACAUGCAAGACACCGGGACAAAGAAGAAGAAGAAGAAUUGCUUCCAACGCGUUCUCUCUUGGUUGAGGAAGAGGUUCAGCUGCCGUGUUUCCCCCAUUGUUUAGGGAUGUGUAAUGUUCUGUGUAGGGUUUCUUUAUUGGCUUCUGGGGGGGUUUUCAAUCAAAACUGUCACAGUCUGCAUAGUCUCCCAUGUUUGGUUUUCUCCAGGUGCUCUGGUUUUUCCAACAAACAUGAAAUGUGUUUUGAAAAAAAAUAUUCGUUCUGGGAGAACUCUGAUUGCAGACAAUGACACAUGUCAGUAUUUGCUUGAAAAAGCCCCCAUAUUGCCUGAAUGCCCUAAAACAGAAAUACAGCACAUUCCCUGCAAUUGAGGCUGAAAUGUAGUCUGUGCUGGACAAGACAUCAGAGUCCUCAGUGAGCGACGCUGGCGAUAACACAAACAUAUCUGAGGAUUCAACCACAUGUGAAGACACCAGGAGGAAGAAGAAGAAGAAGAAGUCCUCUGUUGCAUCUCCUCAUAUCUAUAUUUCUGUAAAUCUUGAUGCCUCUCUCUGUCUAUUACUAAUCAUCUUGUGUGGCCUGUCCUCUUCUAGGUCACCACGGUGGACAGGAGGUCGCCACUUGGUGAUGCCUCGUCCUGUGCAGUCGUCUCCACUCUUUACACAUAAUUUG